GGAAGAGAAUCUAGGCCAUUUCUUUAUAGUUACUCAAACAACAAAAUAAUAUAUAUUGAGAAAUAACAGAAUUGUGAGAGAAGUGAAGGAAAAGCAGAGAAUAAAAGGAGACCAGAUGUUGACAAAAUUCAUGUCAACGUUCUUAGAAGGCCGUUUUGUUUGUGUGAAGAUUGCUUAUCGGGGAUCUUUCUCUCUCUCUCUCUCUAACGCACGCCACAGCGAAGGUUUUUCUCCGGAAACAAAAAUAAAAAUUAGAACUUAAACGGUAUCUUUUUUUUUUUAAGGGACAGAAAGGUUUGGCCCAGAAGAGCGAAAUCUCCUGCUUUUCUUUUUGGUUCAACCUGAUGACAAUCUAACCUUUAACGGUGUUACAAAAACACCCACUUGGUUGUUUUAGCUGUAUUGAUUACUGUAAUUUUGUUGUUGUUGUUGUUGUAAAGCUUUAAUCUUUGAAGUUUGGAAGCUGUGAAUUAUCUAUGAUGGGGAAGUAUAAAGCAAAAUCCAUGGGAGAAUCUUGAAGGAGAGGUGAUUAGAGGAUGUGGGUCUGAGGAAUGGGAACAAAAGUGCAAUCUAAAAGCUAUUUGCCAGGAUAUUACUCAAUGAGGUAUCUCAACGAGGAUUCUAACAGUUGUAGCUGGCCACUUCGUUAUGGGGAUAAAACCUUGACAAAUGGUCAGUAUUACACUAGCUUUUUCCCGAGGCCCAGUAUAGAUGCAUAUCCUAGGUAUGAUAAGGACGUAUUGAAGAGAACAAUGCUUGAGCAUGAGGCUAUAUUUAAGAAUCAGGUGUCUGAGCUUCAUUGCUUGUACAGGAUACAAAGGGACUUAAUGGAUGAAAUCAAAAAGAAAGAAUUACAAAAAAAUCGGAUUCCUAUUGAGCCAUCAUUAUCCUCAAGUCCGUUAGCCUCACAAAUUACAACUGAAGAGGCUCAGAAACAGCAUAUCCCCAGCUUCCCUGUGGCAAACUCUUUUUCUGGUAGACCAUCGGUUUCUGUUGUUGAAGAUAGUCAUUCUCCCCUUAGUUCCAUGAAGGGAAGCAGCAUCCAAGUUGGUUCCUUUCUGUCCCAAAAUGGAGGUAAUUCAAAGGAUGUUGAGGUGCUAGAGUGCAGACCCACAAAAGUGAGAAAGAAAAUGUUUGAUCUUCAACUGCCGGCAGACGAGUACAUUGAUACUGAAGAAGCAGAACAGUUCAGGGAUGAUACAAAAUCUGGCAUGUCAAAUUAUCUUCCAAAUGGAAGUGGGAAAAUUGGGCCUGAGAGUGGUGUGAAGCUAUUUCGUGGUGAUGUUGGGAAGACUGGUUGCCAAGGAGAUGCUUCAAGAUCUGAUUCAUAUUUAAGGGGCAAGAAUAGUUUGGCUGACUUGAAUGAGCCUAUUCAGAUUGAAGAAACCAAUGGUUCUGCAAAUUUGCACUUUCUAGGCCAUGGCCCCUAUCAUGGAGGCCGUGAACUCUCUGUUAAACCAAAGCAAGAGCCUUUUGGUUUGCCAAAAGACAUUUCUGUGAAUUCUCAUCAACAAAGUGAUAAUAGGUCCAUAAACAAUAUACAUGUUGAGAACAAUGGAAAUGCUAGAGGAUUCUUUUCCCAUGUGCUUGAAGCAGGGCAUGGUAAAAGCAACUCAAAGUCUCUUUCUCAAGGUUUUCAGCCGCAGAAGUUGCCUGUAUCUUCUCGACAGGUACAGGUUCCUUUGGACAAAGCUCAUGAUCCUCCAAUGUUUUUGCUUGCUGAUCAAAGCAAGACAGAUCUCUCAAGAGAAAGAAUGCUUCACUUUUUAGAAGUUUUGGAAAGAAAUUGUGAAAUCUCCAAUAACAGCGAUCCGGAGUCAAUCAUGACUUCAAAUGCACCUAGUUUGAAUACAUUUGCUUCUUCUGAUCUGGUAAAGCCAUUGUCUCAUUCGGUUUCUUCUUGGGAAAAUUCUUCCAGUAGCUUAAGGCAGAAGUCAAUGUCAUUUUGGACUCACCCAUUUUUGAGCUCAUCCGGUCCUAUUAGUAAGAGUUCUGUCAUAUCACCCCAGAGCAAUGGGAUUUUUGGAGAGAAGUGGCACAUGAGUAGCAAUUCUAGACUUAACCCGGGUUUUGGAAGUGAAUUGCCAAAUCGAAAUGAUUUUUAUUAUGGAUCCUCAUCAGGGUCCAAAGAACCUGCAAUUCACUUCCCUUCAGUCAGUUACAAUUAUCUGAACUGUAGUAAUUAUAGUAAGGGGGUCUCUGAGCAGUUCAACAGUCAUGGUUCAACUAAGCCCUACAACCUCUCAAAUAGUGUUGAUAUGAAGUCUACAAGUGAUGUGAAUUUGAAUGUGGUGCUAUCAAACAGUUCAUCUAAUGUGCCAGUUUUGCAAGGAGGUCCUCAAAUAGAUGGAGGAAGAAAGCAUGAGGACCAUCUUCCAGGGUUGCCAUGGCUACUAGCCAAGCCUGCUUGUAAGAAUGAGGCCACAAGUUCAGGAAGGGAUUUGAAUGCUGGAGAAUUGAGCUUCUCUCAAUCUUUUCCAAAGCAGUCAACCAAUAAAAAUGAGACUGGAAAUGGUUUAAGUCAAAUUUUUACACAGGAUGUAAAGUCAGUUUCGUUCUCCGAUAAUGUUGAUGCCGGCAGGAGUGAAACAAUUGCAUGCCUGCGCAAUAAAAAGAUUCUAGGGAAUCCCAUUUUUGAAAAGAAUUAUGUUUCUAAGAAUGAGUCUUCUUGUACCUCCCCGUAUGUACCUGUUACUCAACCACCUGAAGGUGAAGCAGAAAAUAGGGGGAGAAAUAAGUUACUUGAUAUUAACUUACCUUGUGAUGUGACUGUUCCUGAUGUGAGCCAAGACAUUGUUGCAGAGAAUUCAGCCAUGGAGAAGGAAGGAGAUACAAAGUUAUCAAGUUUCAGACAUCAAAUUGACUUGAACUCCAGUGUUGAUGAGGAUGAAGCUUCUUUUAUACCCUCUGUUCUGAGCACCAGUAUGAAGAUGACUGGAGGGAUAGAUUUGGAAGCUCCAGUAGUUCCGGAGCCUGAGGAUGUCAUUCAUGGUGAAGAAUUACUGGAAAAGGCAUGUGAAUUACCUUUGCAAUCAGAACAAAGCAAAGAUGACUGCCUGCAGGAUGAACUUUUUAAGAGUGCAGUAGAGGCAAUAGUUGCCAUCUCAUCAUCUGGUCAGUGCAUUCAUUUGGAUGAUGUCAAUUGCUAUUCAUCUGAAACUUCUAUGACAGACCACCUUAAUUGGUUUGUCGAGACAAUUUCCUCUUUCGGCGAGGAUCUUGAGAGCAAGUUCGAGGCUCUUUUGAGAGGUAAAGAUGGGGAUCAAGAAGAAUCUUCCUUAGAAGAGAUUGAUUUUUUUGAAUCAAAUAUUUUGAAAUUACCAGAAACCAAGGAAGAGGAUUUUAUGCCCAAGCCUCUGGUUCCUGAAAACUUUAAAGUGGAAGAAACAGGAACUACCUCUCUGUUAACAAGUCGAACACGAAAGGGCCAGGGAAGGCGAGGAAGGCAGCGGAGGGACUUCCAAAGGGACAUCCUUCCAGGUCUUGCUUCCCUAUCAAGGCAUGAGGUAACAGAAGAUCUUCAGACAUUUGGAGGGCUUAUGAGAGCAAUGGGUCAUUCAUGGCAUUCAGGAUUGACAAGAAGAAACUCCACUAGAAGCGGUUGUGGCAGGGGGAGGCGACGGUCGGUAACUAACUCCUCUCCUGCUUUAGCAGCUGCCACAACUUGCACGCCAUUGAUGCAGCAACUUAAUAGUAUUGAAGUGGGAUGGGGGAAGACAACUAGACGACCCCGCCGGCAAAAAUGUGCCACAGGAAACCCUCCAUCUCUUGCCUUAACCUAAUUCCAGAAACGGGCUUUAAUGUAUUAAUUGAGGAUACUAUAGAGGGAACUAUGUCAUUGUUGCUUCACUGGCUUUGAGAAGCGAGGUUAUCAUGAUCCCUGGGGAUUGCCUUUCUAUAUUUCUCAGCCUGAAAUUUGGCUACACUUGCAUUAUCCUUUAAUAAUGUCGCAUGAUUUCUUACAAGAUAUAUGACAGCAUUCCUUCAGUUUGUGAAUUUAGUGAAACCAUAUGGGUUCUCUUUGUAUUUUAGGGUUGACUAACCAUCAAUGCUAACUCUAAUGACAUGCAAACUAAUUUAACAGAUAAUCGGCACUGUUCUCAACACUUCUGAUAUUUCUAUAUUGGGAUAUUUU